UGAGCUCCGCCUUCAGUUCAAUAAUCAAUAACCAAUUCUGGUUUUGCUCUCUUUGUACAAUGAUGAAGACGUCAUCGAUGACGGAGCUCGAUGACGAAACGGUGCGCAGCAUGGCCAUCGGCGCCGUCUUCUCGGACUUCGGUGGGAAGAUAAACUCACUCGAUUUUCAUCGAAAGGAAGAUUUACUUGUUACUGCCAGUGAGGAUGACUCUGUGCGACUCUAUGACAUUGCAACUGCUAAGUUGCUGAAGACCACAUAUCAUAAGAAACAUGGAGCAGAUCGCAUAUGCUUUACUCAUCACCCAAGCUCUGUGAUAUGCUCUUCAAGAUACAACUUGGAUUCUACCGGAGAAUCACUGCGGUAUUUGUCAAUGUAUGAUAAUCGAUGCCUUCGCUACUUCAAAGGCCAUAAAGAGAGAAUUGUUUCGCUCUGUAUGUCUCCUAUCAACGAUAGCUUCAUGUCUGGUUCAUUGGAUCACAGUGUCCGAAUAUGGGAUCUUCGUGUAAAUACAUGCCAGGGAAUUUUACAUCUUCGUGGUAGACCGACAGUGGCCUAUGACCAACAAGGUCUUGUUUUCGCUGUAGCUAUGGAAGGGGGUGCUAUCAAGUUGUUUGAUUCACGCUCCUAUGACAAGGGCCCAUUUGAUACGUUUUUAGUUGGUGGAGAUACAGCUGAAGUUUGCGAUAUCAAAUUUAGCAGUGAUGGCAAAUCAAUGCUCCUGACCACCACGAACAAUAACAUCUAUGUUCUUGAUGCCUAUGCAGGAGAGAAGCGAUGUGGUUACAGCAUGGAACCAUCUCCAAAUACGAGUAUAGAGGCAACAUUUACCCCAGAUGGCCAGUACGUAUUGUCAGGCUCUGGAGAUGGAAAUUUGCAUGCUUGGAGCAUUAACAGGCGGAAUGAGGUCGCAAGCUGGAACAGCCAUAUUGGAGUCCCAUCAUGUUUGAAGUGGGCUCCUCGCAGAGCUAUGUUUGCUGCUGCGUCGACUGUUCUCACCUUUUGGAUACCAAACGAUUCAAACGCUGAUCCCACUGUUAUGGACACUGAGCUCACUGCCGGUGCUGAAUCGCAACAUCCUUCUCAAUGAAGUAGAUUAUCUGCUUCCUGCCUGUGGAUAUGGAUGGUUGUUUUGUAUUGUUUUGUUGUGCUUUUAUAUAUACAUCCUGUAGCGAUAUCAGUACUGCAUUCAAGAAGAUGCUCAGGGUUGGUUUGUUUCGUUUUGCUUUUUAUUUUUAUGUAUUAGUGUACCAAGGUUAAAAUUAGGAUACAUUCAAUAGAAAUAUCGAAGAUACAUUGGUAUAUUGGUGUAUCUGCAGUUGUGUAGGUACUGAAUAUUUGCUCAUUACUGGAAAAUAGCUAUCCACACCUCAUUUUUUUCAUUA